AUGGAGAAACGACCGAGAGCUCUCCUCUUCGACGUUGGAGGUGUCUGCGUGAUAUCUCCAUUCCAGGCGAUACUGGACUACGAAAAGGCCAACAAGAUACCCAUCGGAUGGAUCAACUACAGCAUCCAGAACACCUCACCGGACGGGGCGUGGCACCGACUGGAGCGAGGAGAAGUCCCUCUGGACGCAGCCUGGUUCAAGUCGUUCAACAGCGACUUCCGCCAUCAGCACUUAUGGGAGCAGUUCAAUGAAAAGUUGUCUACGAAGGAGAAGCCUUCUACUAUGAAAGAGAACGGGAAGACUCCUGAGCUCCCACAGGUCGACGCGGAGCAUGUCUUCUGGGAGAUGAUGCGAGUCGCGCAAAACCCGGAUCCAUACAUGUUCCCUGCUCUGCAGAAACUAAAGGACGCCGGCCUCUUCGUCAUGGGCGCUCUGUCAAACACGACCAUCAUACCGGACGAUAGCACCAAGCUAGACAGGAAGUCUGCAGCAGAAAAACAAGUGAGGCGGUUCUUCGACUUCUUCAUCUCCAGCGCACAUACUGGGCUGCGCAAACCGGAUCCUAGGAUCUACGAGCUUGCGAUGAAAGAGAUUAACGACGCUGCGAGGAUGAAGGGACUACGGGGGGAGCCUAUACGGCCGGACGAGGUGGUGUUUUUGGACGACAUAGGUGUGAACCUGAAGUGGGCGAGGAAGGCUGGCAUGGGGACGAUAAAGGUCAACCUGGGACGCACACAGGAGGCCGUGAGAGAGCUGGAGAGACGGACGGGAGUGAACCUGCUGGAUGACGAGAAGGCGAGGCUAUAG